CGUGCGUGCUUGCGCGCGCCGCGGUUCUGGCUGAACCAGCAGCGGAGAAAACAUCUGGAUCGUAAAGGAAUUAAAAAAGAUGCUGGGCCGCGUUGAGCUGAUUCUGCCGCUGUUGGGCCGUGUCUCUGUCCGCUGGCCGCUCGGUCGGUGAUCCCCUUAGGGGGGUGGGGGGGGACUUACUGGGUCACUCGAAAGACCUCCACGGAUUCUCAGAGGAGACAAACAGCGUGCUACCGAAGUUGUCUCUCAGCUCUUCACCAUGGACCAGUCCGUCGCAAUUCAGGAAACUUUGGGAAGAGAAGAAAACUGCAUUGUAGCUGCACAAUGUGAUAUCUUGCUUGAUGAUUUAUCAGAAAGCAGACUCCUGGGAUUGAUAGAGUCUGCAAAAGAGCAUGCAAUCUUUAUUUACACCCAUCGAAGAAUGGCCGUCACAGCUGAUGAUGUGUCACUUGAGGACAUUAUUCCCAUCUCCCUCGACUUUGCUGUUGUUGAAGUUUCCUCCCCAGAACAGCUUAUGGUUGUGGGUGCAGACACCAGACUGAGAAUGAGCUACAAAGGUGAAGAAUUAGAGCUCAGGCUUCCGUUCGGGUCCCAUUCGCGCCUCUUCCUCUGCGAAGUCAACAAGGCAUGGAGUGAUGUUUGCGGGUCGCCCACCCAGUUACCCAAGUUUGAGUGGAUCAACAAAUACAAGAAGGCUAUCAAAAGUCAGGAAGCUGUGAAGGAAGACACUGCACUUCUGGAUGCAUUUCCAAAUAAAAGCAACCAGCAGCGCGGCAUAGAGAAAGUGUCGGACCAGAAGGGAUCUUUAGAGAAGGUGAAAAGCUCUAACAGUCUCACACAAAAGUCCAAAGUGAAUUCCAGCCAAGAUAACCAGAGCAUAUCUAGUCGAGAGGAGCGGGAUGAUCUGGUGCGCUCGUCCAGCCACACUGCAUCGAACAAAGCUCAGAUUCUGGCCAUGCCUCAAUUCGGCCUUCGCGACAAUCUGAUUAGGUGUGAGAUGCUGAAAAAGGAGGACUCUUACACCUAUCUUGAGGAUUUCAGCUUCUUUCUCGGCACGUACAACGUGAACGGACAGACACCGAAGGAGAGCCUCCGUCCAUGGUUGAGCUGCACUCCCAAGCCUCCUGACAUAUACUGCUUGGGUUUCCAGGAGCUAGACCUCAGCAAAGAGGCCUUUUUCUUUUAUGACUCCCCCAAAGAGCAGGAGUGGACGAAAGCUGUGUCUGAGGCUUUGCAUGGAGAAGCUAAGUAUGCCUUGGUGAAGUUGGUCCGUCUGGUGGGCAUCAUGCUGAUCUUCUAUGUGAAGAACGAACAUGCAGAAUUCAUCUCUGAUGUGGAGGCAGAGAGUGUGGGCACAGGCAUAAUGGGAAGGAUGGGAAACAAAGGAGCCGUGGCAAUCCGUUUUCGCUUCCACAACUCCGACAUCUGCGUUGUCAAUUCUCACCUCGCUGCGCAUGUUGAAGAAUACGAGAGACGCAAUCAGGACUUCAAGGACAUUUGCAGUCGUCUCCAGUUUCGGCAGCUCGAUCCUACACAACCUCCACUCACCAUCAUGAAGCACAAUGUCAUUUUAUGGAUCGGGGACCUCAACUACAGAAUCAGUGAUCUGGAUGUCGACAGUGUGAAAGAUCUAAUCAUAAAAAAGGAUUUUGAGACGCUACAUUCUUAUGACCAGCUCAAGAGGCAGAUCGAUGAGAAGGCUGUAUUUGUUGGCUUUAAGGAAGGAGAUAUUGAUUUCCAGCCCACCUACAAAUAUGACACUGGGUCUGAUAAAUGGGAUACAAGUGAAAAAUGCCGCAUCCCUGCAUGGUGUGACCGUAUCUUGUGGAAAGGGAAGAACAUCCAGCAGGAGCAUUACCAUAGCCACAUGGCUGUAAGGAGUAGUGACCACAAGCCUGUCAGCUCCAUGCUUGUCGUUGGGAUCAAGAGGGUAAAUAGUGAAGCCUACAAGAAGACCUUUGAAGAGAUCGUACGCAAUAUAGACAAAAUGGAGAACGAAUGUAUACCAUCUUUAAGCUUGUCCAAGCGAGAGUUCAACUUUAAAGAUGUGAAGUUCAUGCAACAUCAGGCAGAGACCUUCAGCCUUCUCAAUGAUGGGCAGGUCCCAUGUCAGUUUGAAUUUAUCCCGAAGCCAAAUGAAUCCACAUAUUCCAAGCCCUGGCUCACAGCCAACCCCUGCAAAGGCUUCAUUCCUGAGGGUGGUUCUGUGGUCAUUGAGCUGGAGGUCUUUGUAAACCGCUCAACAGCACCAGAUCUAAACUGCGGCAAGCAGGAGAUUGAAGAUAUUCUGGUACUCCAUUUAGAGCGAGGCAAGGACUAUUUUAUCUCAGUAACAGGAAACUAUUUGCCAAGCUGCUACGGUACUUCGAUCUAUUCACUGUGUCACAUGAGGGAACCUAUUAAAGACAUGCCGAUAAAGACCCUUCUUGAGCUGGCUGAAACAUCUCCAGAUAACGAUGCAGAAACCACUGAAAAGCCGCUUGACAUUCCUAAAGAACUUUGGAUGAUGGUGGAUCACUUAUUCCGCAAUGCUGUCAAUCAGGAAGAUUUGUUUCAGCAGCCUGGACUUCGAAGCGAAUUUGCUGAGAUAAGAGAUUGUCUUGAUUCAGGAAUGCCAGAUUCUCUUCCGGGCAGCAACCAUUCAGUGGCUGAAGCCCUUCUUCUCUUCUUAGAUGCCCUCCCAGAGCCUGUGAUUCCCUUCUGUUUUUACCAGCAGUGCCUUGAUAGUUGCUCCAGUGCAGGCCAGUGUGAGAAAGUUAUUUCCACGCUACCUCAGUGCCAUAAAAAUGUGUUCAACUAUUUAGCAGCCUUUCUCCGUGAGCUCUUAAAGAAUUCUGCAAGUAAUCGAUUAGAUGUUUCCAUAUUGGCCACCAUUUUUGCCUCUAUGCUCCUGAGGUCGCCUAAGAAGCAGGAUUUUGCGGAGAAGACGAAAACACAGGAGUUCUUUCAGCAUUUCCUGACCUAACAUUCCUCCUAGACACAAAAUUUCCCUAUUUUGCUGAAGUGGAACACUAAAAAGAAUUCAGUAUUUGAAAUAACCUGUAAUGAUUUAUUUUAUCACAUGUGUAUAUAGCAAAGUCAGUGUAUUUACAUUAAAGAGCUAGAUUUUUUUUUUAUUUCAAAUCAUGUUUUGUGAUCCAAUUAUCAUCAAUUAUUGUAUAUCCGUACGAGCCUAAAAGUUUAAAUGUAUAUUUUAUUUAAAGAGAAACUUGUAUUUUAAUGUUUUUAUAUAUAAAACUGUUUUAAAAAUG